GACUGUCUGGAUGUUUACAGCUUCCGGACACAGUAAAGCAUUUUAUAGCCCGCAAAAUACUUUUGAACAGUGUGUAAGAUUACACAUGCGUAUAUCCUGGAAUCAAAAUCUUUGGUGAUAGAAGACACAGAACGCAUUGCUACAUCGUGUGAUUAUUUGAAAGUGUUGUUACAUUUUAUUCAUGUUUUUAUGAAGAGUACCUUGUCAAAAAUAUGUUCAGAUUAUUAGUAUGAGACAACGCUGUGGUUAUCUGUACGGUUAUCCAGAUUUGAUGGGAGGCUCUAAUUAAAUAGAUAUAACCCAGGGAUAGGCCAUUUAUCUUUCAGUGAUAGGAAUCUUUAAUAUGCUCAAAGGAUUAUCCACUGUUUGACAAGUUAAUUUACAAUUGUCUCUGACUUUACUUCCUCAUAAGGCAGCAAUAGAAAGUAAUAUUCCAAGGACAGUUAUGAAAUACUGUUCAUUGAAAAAACAUAUUGAGGGAGUAUGAUGAUAAUAUUUUAUGAUCUGCAGCCUUCGGUAAACAUAUAAAUGCUGGAAGAUGCCAGUUGUAAAUGUUCAUAAUCUGCUGUGUGGCUGAAACCAAGGAGCUGCCCUUCUGAAUGGGUUUGUGAAAUACCCGAAGAACUUUGAAUCUAUAGUUGGUGAUUUUGCCUCUGUAGCUUUUUCCAGGUAUAACACUGUAUUGUGCUGAUUAGCAUUCCAACGAUGGAGGAUAAUUCAAAUCAUUUACUGACAAACCAGGAGGCGAACAGAUCAUUUUUCACAUUUUUUUCUGAAUUCAGGACCUCCGACCAAAUCGUCACAGUCACUAUUGAGUCCGUGGUACUUGGGACGGUUUUUCUGAUCUCCAUGUUGGCUAAUGUCUGCAUGAUCGUACUUGUGGUGAAGGGCAAGAAGCUGGCCAAUUUUCAGUGCUUUGUGCUAAACCUCUUCUUGGCUGAUAUUGUGUUUGUGGGGGUCACCCCAGUCAUCAUCACUGUUCGCUGGACUGAAUCCUGGACCCUUGGACCUCACGUGUGUCACAUACUGUUCUACAUCAUGGCCACAAGUGGCUGUGUGACCAUCAUCACCUUAGCUGCCAUUAGUGUCGAGAGAUUUACCGCCAUUUUGAGUCUGCGCUUGAGGUCUCCUCUGCAUUUCAAGUGGGUGACUGCAGUUGUGCUGACCAUUUGGUUAUUUUCAGCUGUUACAUCUCUGCCGCUGUGCCUUUAUUUUCAGAUGAUGACUGUUCAGGUUAAAGGCCAGGAAUAUCAAAUUUGUACACUGGUCUGGCCCAACACCCUGCAAGAGAUCAUUUGGGAUGUCGUCUACAGCCUGGUUGAUUUUGCGGUUCCAGGAUUUAUCAUUGUCAUCAGUUAUACAAAAAUAUUAAAGAUUACCAAAGGAGCCCGGAGAAGAUUGCAAGCCAAUAGGCCAUGUCCAGCUCACCAACAGAUGGUCCGAGUUUCCAAACAGGAUUAUUGGCUCUUCCGGACUCUCCUAGUGCUCAUGCUCUCUUUCUUUAUCAUGUGGACUCCUAUUUUUCUUAUUAUCUUUUUGAUUCUCGCGCAGAACUUUAAAAGAGACUUGUUCCUGUCCUCCACCUGGUUUUUCUGGGUCUGUGCAUUUACACUUGCCAACUCCGCUGUGAAUCCUAUUUUAUAUGGUGCCACUCAAUCCAAGAGCAAUUGGCAGUAUCUUCUUCAUUUCUUCCACUUAUUCCGAUUUAAAAACCGUGGCAACUUGGCUACAGAACACACAUUAAGGAAAGUCAGAACUCCAGAUCAACAGACUCCACCUUCUGUUAUUUACGACUAAAUUACCAACUGGGAGAAUCAAUCUUCAUGGAGUUAACUAUAGGAUCAAAACCUGAUCAAUGCGCAAUGGGUAUCGUUAGGCAGAAGAAAACUGAUUCCAUAUAAUGCUAUGUUUAUUAUUUUGUAUCUUAGUGAACAUUCUUAUCACUCUUGUUAAAUAUGUAUCAUUACUGCAGGAUUAAUGCAAAAUAACUAAAGGCUUAUUUCACAAUUCCUUGCACAAUCUAAUCUGCCACACUUGAUCGGUAGUUAAAUAAACCAUAUAACAAUUACAGCACGGAAACAGGCCAUCUCGGCCCUUCACGUCCGUGCCGAACACUUAUUUUCCCCUAGUCCCAUCUACCUGCACUCAGACCAUAACCCUCCAUUCCUUUCCCAUCCAUAUACCUGUCCAAUUUAUUUUUAAAUGAUAAAAUCAAACCUGCCUCCACCACUUCCACUGGAAGCUCAUUCCACCCAGCUACCACUCUCUGAGUAAAGAAGUUCCCCCUCAUGUUACCCCUAAACCUCUGUCCCUUAAUUCUGAAGUCAUGUCCUCUUGUUUGAAUCUUCCCUACUCUUAAUGGGUAAAGCUUACCCACGUCAACUCUGUCUAUCCCUCUAAUCGUUUUAAAGACCUCUAUCAAGUCCCCCCUUAACCUUCUGCGCUCCAAAGAAUAAAGACCUAACUUGUUCAACCUUUCUCUGUAACUUAGUUGCUGAAACCCAGGCAACAUUCUAGUAGAUCUCCUCUGUACUCUCUCUAUUUUGUUGACAUCCUUCCUAUAAUUGGGCGACCAAAAUUGUACACCAUACUCCAGAAUUGGCCUCACCAAUGCCUUGUACAAUUUUAACAUUACAUCCCAAUGUCUAUACUCAAUGCUCUGAUUUAUAAAGGCCAGCACACCAAAAGCUUUCAUUACCACCCUAUCUACAUGAGAUUUCACCUUCAGGGAACUGUGCACAGUUAUUCCUAGAUCCCUCUGUUCAACUGCAUUCCUCAAUUCGCUACCAUUUACCAUGUACGUCCUAUUUUGAUUUGUCCUGCCAAGAUGUAGCACCAAGUCGAUUCAAGAAUUCUACAGU